AAAAAUGAUUGAUCAUCCGAAUUCGUUGAGAAUAUUGUCAGUGGCAAUCUUCGUAAUAUUUUUAUCGACCGAAGGAUUGUGCCGAAAACCUAAUCCGAAAAGCAUAAUAUUAGAAAAUGAAGAAGAUAUAAUUAUUUUUACUAGAAUUGGCAGCAGUUUAAAGGUAAAAUGUGAUUAUUCUGGAGACUUUUGGAUCAAUGAUUAUGAAUGGAAAAAAAUUAAAGACAGUGAUGAUCCUUUUGCGAUGUUACCAGAUGAAAUUUUGACCAUAUCGCAGUGGUUGGAUUUAGAGAACGUGGGAGCGGACGAUGAAGGACAAUAUUCUUGUACGAUGAAUGGCUUUAACGGCAACGAAACUUUUUCCGAAAAGCGCGGUUUUGUUUUGAAAAGGGCGAAUUACAACAACGGAUAUCAGGGGAAAACCAAACCGAAGUUUCAGAAAGAUUUUACGGGGAACGAAUCGCGGUUAUCAGUAAACAGUACACUAAAUCUUAGUUGUCCGUUCACGAGUGUGAGUGAUACGGUGUUUUCUUGGUAUAAAAAUGACGAAUUACUCAUUGAAAGAAAAUCAGUAAUUGAUGGUAUGGGUUUUAUCGAUAAUAAGUACAAUAUAAUGAAUGUUAAAAUGUCGGAUGCUGGAAAUUAUGCGUGCGUGGUGCUAAAUAAAUACGGUUCAAUCCAACGCCAAUUUGCUGUAGUUGUUUACGACAAAGCGAGUUCAAAUAAUUCGAAUCAAGACGAACAUAAUAUCUCUGACGACAAACAUUUUGUACUGAGUCUGCUACCCAUUUUAUCCUCACUUCCGAUGGAGAAAAAACUCAAAGCUCGGAUGGCUAUUGAAACGUCGUUACACAACAUAGCUUUCCCAGUUUUGAAAACAGAGGAACAUUUUCUCAUUAAACAUGACUAUACAACCCCAGAACCAUAUACACAACCUCAGAACCAUACACAACCCCAGAACCAUACACAACCCCAGAACCAAACACAACCCCAGAACCAAAUACAACCCCAGAACUAUAUUACACAACCUCAGAACCAUACUGCACAACCCCAAAACUAGAUUACACAACCAUCUCAGACUUCUUAGAUGGUGAAGAAACCUCAUGGUAACUGUAGUCAACAUUAUACAACUACAAUUAGCGAAUGUUACUCACAUAGGCGUGCGCAGACUUUGUCCUUAAGGGGGGCCCGCACAUUAAAAAGGUCUUAACCAAUUACCGAAGAUUCUUGUACUAAUCACUACUAGUCUAGUUAAAUAUUWAAUUUUUAAUUUUAUAAAAUACCUAGCUAUUUAUUUAAUUCAAUAUGCAAAUAUAAUAACAAUCUAGUAUAGUAUAAAUAUCAGCUAAUAUCUAUGCAUUUAUUGAAGAAAAAUCCAGAGAAUGCAGGAGGGAUCCCCCCCCCCGUGCGCAUGCCUUUGGUUACAUAGCAAACAGUCAAUUUUUUUUAUAAGCAUGUAAAGUUAAAUAUAUAUUAUUUUUGUCUGCUUGUAGAGUUUGA